CAGAGAGAAUGGCCAGCAGGAAGGCGGGGACCCGGGGCAAGGUGGCAGCCACCAAGCAGGCCCAACGUGGUUCUUCCAACGUCUUUUCCAUGUUUGAACAAGCCCAGAUCCAGGAGUUCAAGGAAGCCUCUCCCCCACCUCCCAUCUUCCCUAGAGCUGAGGGCUGCUCCCACCUGAAGGCCCCCAUCCCACAGGCCUUCAGCUGUAUCGACCAGAAUCGUGAUGGCAUCAUCUGCAAGGCAGACCUGAGGGAGACCUACUCCCAGCUGGGGAAGGUGAGUGUCCCAGAGGAGGAGCUGGACGCCAUGCUGCAGGAGGGCAAGGGCCCCAUCAACUUCACCGUCUUCCUCACGCUCUUUGGGGAGAAGCUCAACGGGACAGACCCCGAGGAAGCCAUCCUGAGUGCCUUCCGCAUGUUUGACCCCAGUGGCAAAGGGGUGGUGAACAAGGAUGAGUUCAAGCAGCUUCUCCUGACUCAGGCAGACAAGUUCUCUCCAGCUGAGGUGGAGCAGAUGUUCGCCCUGACACCCAUGGACCUGGCGGGGAACAUCGACUACAAGUCACUGUGCUACAUCAUCACUCAUGGAGACGAGAAAGAGGAAUGAGGGGCAGGGCCAGGCCCAUGGGGGGGCACCUCAAUAAACUCUGUUGCCAAAUUGGAA